CUCCUCUCCUUUUUCUGUGCAUCUGGCUGAACUGGGAGUCAGGUGGCUGACUGGGGCCCGGCUUGCAGCAGCGCUGGUGGCACCUGCCUUGCGCGGUCCGACGCCUCAGCGGCCCGAGAGUCCCCCAGGCCAUGGACGCGGUGGCCGUGUACCACGGCAAAAUCAGCCGGGAGACGGGCGAGAAGCUCCUGCUGGCCACGGGUCUGGACGGCAGCUACCUGCUGAGGGACAGCGAGAGCCUCCCGGGCGUGUACUGCCUGUGUGUGCUGUAUCAAGGUUACAUUUAUACAUACCGAGUGUCCCAGACAGACACAGGUUCUUGGAGUGCUGAGACGGCCCCUGGGGUUCAUAAAAGAUUUUUCCGGAAAAUAAAAAAUCUCAUUUCAGCAUUUCAGAAGCCAGAUCAAGGUAUUGUAAUACCUCUGCAGUAUCCAGUUGAGAAGAAGUGCUCAGUUAGAAGCACACAAGGUACUACAGGGAGAAGAGAGGAUCCUGAUGUCUUCCUGAAAGCACCAUGAAGGAAAAUAAAAUACCUUGUACUUUAUUUUCUAUAAUUUAAGUAUAUGCUAAGUCUUAUAUAUUGUAGAUAGCACAGUUCAGUGAGUUACAAAUGUAUUUCUAAAACCAUCAUCGUCCUGUAAUGGAAGUGUCUAGCAUGAUGUAAAAGCUGAAAUGGACUUUGCCGAAACGAGGAGCUUUGAAAUGAGGACUGGGAAAAAAAGAAUUCCACAGGUUAUUUUCAGUUACAUUUAUGAACGAGAAAUGAUUCAAAACACAAUGAUACUUUAUAAAAGAUUAAUGUCAAUUCUUGCCAAAUAUAAAUAAAAAUAACCCUCAGUUUUUCUCAAAAGCAUCAUUUUUAGUGAAAUAUUAUUUGACAGCUACUGAUUCGAAGAUGUCUUGCUUGAUUAGAUGGCAGGAAGCUGGUUUGUGUCCCUCGACUUUGUCGUGCGUGGUUCUAAUUAGGUAUUAUGCUCCCCACUGGCUAUGGUGGUGUAGACUCUUAAGGGGAAUUUAUGAACUUGUGCACUGUGUGUUAAAACAAGUACUUGAUAAAAAGUGAGGGAUUUCUGUUUAAUUCUGAAAGCAACCUUCUCGCCUAGUGUUCUGCUAUUGGAUAGUAGAAUCCACAGGCCAAAAAUCCCAUAAUUUAAAAUACGCCCUAAAUGUUUGUUAUAUUUGAAGUUACAUUACAAAUUCAAUGAAAUGGACUUUCCUUUUAUCAUCUAUCGCUCUCCCAGUUGUUGCUACUCCAUGUAAAACCUAAUUUUGAGGGGAAGCUUCAGCCCCUGUGCUCGUGAGUAGCCGAUUUACAAGUGGUCUCCCUAUUAGCCCUAUGAGAGCAUUGGAGGCCUUAUGGUUAUGGUAUUUUUUAACAGUUCCAAGUGAUGGUGACCUGAGUGAGAGCCAAGAUUUUCCACAGUGACAGAUAUUUAUAUUUUUUCCUCACAUUUAUAUUUUCAUGACUUUUGUGAUUUGGUUAUAUAUCAAGCUGCUUCGGGGCUCCUAGAAUUCAUUCACUCAACAAACAGAAUAGGCACUGAGGUAGAGAAGUAAAAACCCCCGGUCCCUGUGCUCAGGCAGUGUGCUGUCUGGCUGGACAAGAAAACUAUAAUGAUUUUAAAAAGUAACAAGAAAAGAAAAAAAAAAAGACAAUAAAAAGUGAUAAGCACCUGGUAAGUGAGGUUCCCAAUGUGUAGGGAGAUCUGUUGUUAGAGGCCGAAUGAGUCAACACAAAUACUCCGGUCCAUGGUCUAUAGGAAAAUGCUAAGUUCUAUUGUAAACUAAUAAAUUGGAAUUCUGGUUUUUACACAAGUGGGGGUGAGCUUGAUGACCUGCCAAGAGACAGAGCUACUCUGUGCAUUGGCAAGAUCUGGUUUCUGAGCAUUUAGCAUGGAUACAAUGGGUGUGCAAAGGUGGAGGUUUGCCAUGAUAGUGCAUCGUGGGCCAUUUACCAUUUCUAGAAACAAAAGCAUCACUUUAACUUGUAAAGGAAUUCGGAAAGGCGACUUUCAAAACAAAAUGUGUAUGUUUAGGUCAUUUUUCCUUAUUUGUAGCUUGGAUUUAAAUUUUAAUAGGUGUAACUAAUUUUCACUCUCUCUAGCUUGUUCAUUCUGGAAUAAUCCUAAAUACACGAAUUAUGUUUGCAUGUUUCUUUACCAGAGUCAGUUUUGCAAAAGCUUUUUUGAAUCAUGA